AUGUACCAAAUGUUCAUAUUCUGGUUCCGUAGUCAAAAACAGUUCCGCAUUGAGCCUUUUACUGUCACGUCGAUGAGCAACACGUAUCAGUUUAAUGACAACAGGUAUGAUAUAUUUCUAGCCUUAAUGUACUUCCCUACGGCAAUGCCGUACAUGCCCACUCCGACUAUAUACCAACAGCAAAUGUACCCUCAAUCCACUGCCCAGUUGCCGCCGCUCGCACACCCUCAAGGUCAGAUACAAACCUUUAAUCAGGGCAUAGUUGCCGCUGCUGUGCCUCAGCAGCAGCUUAUGUCCACGCCUCCUAUCAGUCAUAACCCACCUCCACCCGGUAAAAUACUGGAAAUUGUUGACCCGAACUCGGGUCAAAAGCUUGAUUUCGAGCAGUUCAAACCUGGUAAAAAGCAACACCUUGAAGCGUCUUCAUUCUCUGUUCCUCAUGGACCUUCAGUUCCUGUCAAAAUCAGGACCCCGCCUCCAAAGGAUCCAAAAAUUCCUCCUGAUCCCAAACCAAACGCCCCUAUGGAUGUAAUUCCUCCACCAGUAGUUGAUGUGGUUACGGACAACAAAGCUGAUUUCUCUUUAAACUCUGAGGAAGAGACAACCUCAAAUCAGGAUUCUCAGGAAACCGAGGAUUCUAAGCAAGAAGCUUCGCAGGAAAGUGAUGAUUCUAACGCAGAUACCUCACCAAACGAUGUUGACAUCGAUACACAGGAAUCAUCACAAGAUAGCAAUGAUCAGGAGACAUCGGAUGCUGAGGAUAAACUUGCUGAUGCACCACCCUCGCCUGUUAAAAAAAUUGAGAGAGUUGAGUCGGAUUCUUCUGGCAUUGUUCAAAAGUAUAAUAGGGAACAACUUAUUUCCAUUAGAAGUGCAACAGACUUUUCGACUUUACCUGCGAUGCCGACGGCAGUGUUGGCCGCUGUUGGUGUUAGCUCUCAACGGUGCAGAGGUCGCGGGGGUGUUUUCAGGCCUCAAAGUAGACGUGUUUUGACGUUUAACACAGAGGCAGUCGUUCUUGAUGAAGUUGAAAACGCUUAUAAGCCCUCCGCUCUAAAAAAGGCUGAAGACAUUCCUUCGGAUCGCCUGUCGCAGCUAUCUCGAGAUCUAAGCAUAAUCCUCAAUCGACUCAUCAAAGAGAAUGUUUCAGGAGUGGCAGAUGAUAUCAAGAGGUUUGGCGUUAAGGGUGAGGAUGAAGUCAACUGUUUAGUUAAUGCCAUAACAAAUAAGGCUGCUCGACAAGCAAUUUAUAGUAAACCGUUUGCAGAACUGUGUAGGGCUCUUGUUGAUGCCGAGAUAGAUGGCUUCCGGGAGAGAUUAAUAAAGGCCUCUGCUGAAUUAUUUUCUACUCCAUUAGAAGUUCACAUUGAUAAUGUGAAAGCACGUAUCGAUGAGAAGAUACGGGAAACAAAUGAUGAGAAAGUUAAGAAGAUGCUAGAAGAGGACCGCGAGACUGUCAUCACAAAGAAGCGCGAAGCGUUUUUUGGAAUCCUGCGAUUUUUUAGCUUUCUUUACCUACAGGACGUUAUAUCAUCCAAGAUGUUCACCGAUGCGUUGAAACCUUUUGCGAAGCCCAAAUCCCAGGAUGACGUUUUAGCACUCCUAACCUGCCUUAACAUUUGUGGCGAAACGCUAGACAAGAAGGGGGUUGGCUUAGUCAAGAACUGUAUUACUGGUUUGGAAAAUGCAAAGAAAUCUCUGAAACUGGAACAGCAUGUCCAAUACAAAAUUAUCGCUCUUGUUGAAUUACGUCAGCGAAAUUGGAAAAGCUCUGAAUCUGCUCCUCCUCUCCCACAAACUGCUACAUUACCUCGUUCGAAUUCAAGCAGGGAUAGCUUGGCACGCCGUGUGCAGGCUCAUAAUGUCCCGCGCAAGGCCUCUUCUACGAUUAAACCAACUACUGGCAAAAUGGGUGACUCGAAAACUCCUAUUGAUACCAAAAAUCUUGCGGUCUCCAGUUUGGGUAGCAGGUCAAACUACCUCGGGCCUCAAUUUGAUUGGAGUCAAGGUAGCAAGGCACAACCAAGGCAGCCGAAAUCAGGCACGGCUAGUGAAUCUGAUAAUGGGAGGGAGUCUAGGGCGUCUAGUGUGUCUACAAUCAAACGAGAGACCAAUCAGACCUCUCAGUUUAAGGUUGAUGAGGCCUUGACGGCCAAGGAAGCUGUACGAGAUGCGAUUGAUGCUUUCAUGACUGCGGACAUUUCAAAGUUUGAUUUACUCCUGCGGGAAUCUGAGAAGAAGGAGUUUGUCAAGCAAAUCCUAUGCAAGGCAUUGGAAGGGAAGGCUGAUGAACGGCGAAUGAUUGUAAAUAUUCUUUUUCAUUUGUACUCUAAACGUCAAUUGAGUGACGAGCAGUUGGAGUGCGGAUUUACCCAGUCGCUAGAUUUGUGUGAGGAGCUUGAUUGUCCAAAGAUAGGAGUUUUUUUCGGGGAACUAGUCAGUUCUAUGGUGAGGCCCUCAUCAGUUGACUUCACAAGGAUCGUAAAAUUAAUCAAUAUGCUGCCAGGAGAGAAAGACAAACAGGAGGCCUUUGCACAAUGCAUAAAGUUUGCUGCGGAUCGCACUGGCGAGCGUGAAGUUGCAAUCAGUGCCAACAAGGUCUUAUCUGCAGGAUUACCUUGGGGCAAUGAGAAAGCAUUUAAUGAUUCAAACUUUUUGAAACUCUACCAAAUUGAGUUCAUCACGACAGCACAACCUUCGGGUUCGGCUUCUGCGUCUACGAAUCCAGUGAAACAGUGGCGCGGAACAAUGCCUCAUGCUCCAUCUACGGUCGACACUUCUGCAACUGACCUUUUCGACAAUUGUCUUCAGCAUAUGAAUUUGAAGGAACUGGUGUCCAUUUGCUCACAGAAUUCCAAGUCAAAAGAUUCGGAACAAUACUUGCGAAAGAUUUUUAAUCACGGUCAAGGUUUGCAAAGAAAAGAAAUUGAUGCCUUGGGGCCAGUUGUGAAGAUUUUAAUUCAGUCGACUCCGGAUGAACGGUCAAUAAUAUUUACUCUACAAAAAUCCGUUGGUAAGUUCUUUUUGUACUUAUUAAUCAUUGCCCCAACUAAGCUGCUCAUUGUUGAGUCCAAUGGUGGCAGUCAGGAAAAGGAAAAUUUUAAGCCGUGGCUUCAAUCCCUUUUGCAACAGAAGCUCUUAUCUCCACAGUCUCUUCAAGCCUACGCUCAGGAUAAACGUUCACUAUCUCAAUUCAAGGAUGUGGCUGUUCAGCUCUUGCGCAAAUGUCGGUCGUAA